ACCCUAACGAAGAAAUGCCCGUCAUAAAUUUGGAAGAUACAUGUCUCUAUCAUGCGGGAGUUAAAGGGCACUCUAUCCAGUAUUGUGGUCCAUUCAAAAUAAAGUUAUAACAACUCAUGGAUGCAAAAGUGAUAUUGAUUAGGACUAAAAGAAAAGUCAUGGGGGAUGUAAACAUGAUGUAAUCACUAAGGGAGGAUCCCCAAGAGCAAAAAGGAGUCAUCUGCUACCAAGCCAAGCAAGAGGAACCUAGUCCUCCAUCCUCGAAAGUGGUACCUUUGAUCAUAAAAUCCCCAAGACCAUUCAAAUAUGAAAAUCCAAAACCAGUGCCAUGGAUGUACAACUAUGAGGUGGAUCAAAACACCCCUAAUCGCCAAAAUGAAGUGACAAACAUAACUAGGGUAGGCGACAUGACUAGAACCGGCAAAUAUUAUACCCUAGAUGAUGUAGAAAAGCAUAGAAUUGAAGAAUUGCAAAAAGGCAAGAAAUAAGACGGGGAAAGCAAAAACUCCCCGAAUUCACAAACCCACAGCUCGAUGAGGAAGAGGAGAGGGCGCCGAUAAUGGAAGAUCCAAAAGAGUACAAAAAACAAGUCUCUGAUGAGGAUGCGUGUGAAUUCCUAAAACUGACUAAGCAAAGUGAGUUUAAGGAAGUAGAGCAGCUGAAUCACAUGCAUGCGCGAAUUUCUCUUCUAUCCAUGAUCCUCACUUCUGAACCUCAUCGUCAAGCUCUAAUGAAAGUGCUAAAUCAAGCUCAUGUAUGCCAUAAUGUGUCAUUAGAAAAAGUAGACAAUAUCGUCAGAGCUGUCCUGACUAGUGGAAAGAUCUCGUUUGACGAAGAUGAAAUUCCCACCAAUGGGCAUGUCGCACCAAGGCUCUGCACAUAUCGCUAAAAUGAAAGGGCCACAAGAUAGCUCGUGUGCUAUCGAUAACGGUUCAGCUCUAAAUGUAAUACCCAAUUCAACCCUCCAUAAACUCCUGGUGGAUGAAUCAUACAUCAAGCCGAGUUUUAUAGUGGUUCGGGCAUUUGAUGGUACUAAACGCAAGGUGAUCGGCGAAAUCGAGCUUUCAAUCCAGAUAGGACCAAGCAUUUUCAACAUCUCAUUCCAGGUGAUGGAUAUUACUCCCACAUACAACCUCCUACUUGGUCGGCCAUGGAUACACUCAACAAGAGCAGUGCCAUCGUCACUCCACCAGAAAGUUAAAUUCAUCAUUGGCAAUAAGUUGGUGGGAGUCUACGGGGAAGAAGAUAUAAUGAUAAUGAAAACACCGGAUGCACCAUAUAUAGAAGCUAUAGAGGAAACUCUUGAAAGUGCAUUUCAAUCGCUAGAAAUUGAAGACGUCGCAUACGUCAACAAAGAGAGUAAGGCACAAGAUCCAAGACCAUCCAUAGCCUCCAUCAUGGCUUCUAAACAAAUUAUCAAGGGAAUUGACAAGUCAAUGUGGAACACUCUAAUCAGACUUCCAAUGAACAUCAAGGAAAAUAAAAACUGUUGCGGUCUGGGGUACUCGUCAAGUAGAGAGGAUAUGAAGAGAUUCUAAGACUAACUUCAACCCAAAAGCUAAAUUUAGCUUCCCAAAUUCUCAAACAUCCAUCUUUGCCUCUCAAAACACAAUAUUUUCUCCAACCCUAUACCUUCUAAAUUUACCUUCCCAAGUCAAAACCAGCCAAUCAAAACCACCACUUGUAGGAUGCAUUUUUGCCUUCCCUUCUAUUUCUCCAGCUAUCUAUCCACCCUAACUCCCAUUCUCCAAAUUUGCAUCCCCACUUUUUGUUGGGUUGGAGAUCAAAAAAGGGGAAAAACCCCACUUCUCCAAAUUUGGCAUCCAGGAUUGGAGACAGUCUAAGAGGAGAAACAAAACAAGAUGUUGGCUCUCUUAAAAGGGAAAAACCUGGAAUGCGGGAGGAUCAUGAUACCCCCACAUAAGUCAAACCUUCAUAAGCAGAGGAACCAUCAAUAGUAAAACAGUCGGUGUCGUCAAGGAAAAUCCAGAUCUAGAGGACUAUAUGAUCUUAACUACUUUUAAUGAUAUUUCGAUCAACAUUACCGGCAGGAAGGACACCGAAUCAUUCGAGUUUGUUCGCCUAAUGCGUCAAGAUGAAGAGCUAUGCAAAUGGAAGUUCGAAGACAUGCAAACACCAAACACAAUGACAUGUGAGCAGUGGGAGGAUACUCGAGAUAUUCAUGAUUUUAAUUUGACUAUCAACUUUGACUUACUUGUUAAUCAAAUGGAAUCAAAUGAGGAGGAAGAGAAAUCUUCAGACUGGGAUUGGGUGCUUGAGCGAGAAGAGCCAGCACUACAACCACAUGGUGAGACAAUCAGGGUAGUAAACAUAGGAACAGAAGGAAGUAAAACUUGGGGAAAGUUUGAGUGUGGACGUGCAAGAAAGGCUUGUAGACCUGCUAAAGGAAUAUCAAGACAUGUUCGCUUGGUCUUACAAAGACAUGCCCGGUUUAGAUGAGAAAAUAGUGAUGCAUCACUUGCCUUUGAAACAAGAUAGCAGACCCAUCAAGCAGAAAUUGAGAAGAAUGAAAGCGGAAUGGUUGUUAAAGGUCAAGGAAGAAGUUCAAAAAUAAUACAAUGUCGGCUUCUUACGAGUAGCCAAAUAUCCUGAAUGGGUCUCAAAUAUUGUCUCAAUCCCUAAAAAGAAUGGAAAGAUUCAAGUGUGCGUAGAUUAUAAGACCUAAAUCGUGCGAGCCCAAAAGACGAUUUCCCAUUACCUCAUAUCGAUGUUCUUAUCGACAAUAUGGCUGGUCAUCAUACAUUCUCCUUUAUGGAUGGUUUUUCUGGGUAUAAACAAAUCAAAAUGUG